AUGUUGAAGCGCUCUUCCCCUAACGCGUUGAAGACCCCGCAGCUGGACUGCAAGCCCAGGUCUCCUAGCCUCUCUUCAUCCUUCUCCUCUACAACUGCCUUGCUAGGCUCCAAUACCCAUUAUCCUUCUACAGGCGCACUCUCCUUUGCAUCCUCACCUACUGCAUCUCAAACCUCUGUACCAAGCUCAGCCCAGGCUAAUCCCGGAAUCACUCUCCCCUCCGCCGUCUCCGCACCUCCCUCUUACUCAGUUGCUUGCGCGCAAACAGACUCCGCGCCCGGUAUCGACACUACUUCGCCUACCCUCGCGGAGCCGGAAGAUACGGAUCCACAGGAAGAGCAUAAGGAAAGUAAAGUGAAGAAAGCGUGGCAGUCGGUUAAACGGCAUGUGCGGGAGGUCGAUGAUGCGUAUGUGGCGGCGUAUGGGGGACCGGGGUUGGUGAAGCAGGUUAGGAAGGCGGGGGUGAAGAAGGUGGUGAGGGAGAUUGAGAAGUGGGAUAGGGAGAGGAAGGGGAAGGGGAAGGGGAGACCUCCCGCUCUUCGUUCUUCUGUGCUGCGUUACUCAUACAAUAUCCUCCUCGUGCCGGGGAGCUCUAAAAGCUCCAAUACCAACCUCUAUCCUCCACAACGUCCACUCAAAGUCCCACGCCCUCCAUCAAAACGGUCGAUACCAGGAACUCAGCUAUCGCCUCCACAACAGCGCUCCUCCAAAGCUCCUUCGAAAUGCCCAAAACACCAAGCAAACCGCGCGGAAAAUAUGGGAGUCGAUCAAAAAUCGUGCUGCUGCCGCGGAGCGUGGAGUUGCCUCUUCAUAUGGAUCAACACAUCCACAACCGCUCAACGCACACACGGCACUUCGUGCUCCUACUACCGCACCCCGCUCUGCCAGCCACUCACCGCCGACAAAAAAAAAGUCCUCUGGGCGCAGCGAUUCGCAUACGCUGAUGGGCCUUCGAUGUGCUGCCUAAGCGAACUGCGAAGCGCUUUUACCUCGCGAAAGGACGACUGUGCAGGAAUUGGCGAUAAAGAUUCGGGGUCUCGGCCUGAUGUUGAUGGAGCACGGGCCGGGGAUGACAAGGCGGACGCGGGACGGAGUGGCGAUUUGGCGGAUCAGGACAUUGCGGGAGGAGGAGGGGGUUGCGAGGAAGGAGACGCAGUGAAAUCUUAUGUUCUUGGCGACGGCGCCGACGGAGAAGGGGUUGUUACGUGGUGGGGUUUCGGGUGUGGGUUGGUGUAA